CAGCCAAAGGUGCUGAGAGCCAGACUCAGAAUCAGAGGAGACAUGAGCGAUCCUCGGCCUUUGGAAGAGGAGGCAUACGACAUGUCAGGUGCCCGCCUUGCCCUGACGCUGUGCGUCACCAAAGCCCGGGAAGGUUCAGAGGCAGACCUGGAUGCCCUGGAACGCAUGUUCCAGCAGCUGGGAUUUGAGAGCACCAUGAAGAGAGAUCCCACUGCCCAGCAAUUCCAGGAAGAGUUGGAAAAAUUCCAGCAGGCCAUGGAUGCCCGGGAAGACUUCGUCAGCUGUGCUUUCGUGGUGCUUAUGGCACAUGGGGUGGAAGGUCGUCUCAAAGGGGAGGACGAGCAGAUGGUCGAGCUGGAGAGCCUCUUCAAGGUUCUGAACAACAAGAACUGCCAAGCCCUGAAAGCCAAGCCUAAGGUGUACAUCGUGCAGGCCUGUCGAGGAGAACAAAGGGACCCCGGUGAAACAGUAGGUAGAGAUGAUAUUGUGAUGAUCGCAAAAGACAGCCCCCAAACCAUCCCAACGUACACAGACACGCUCCACGUCUACUCCACCGUGGAGGGCUACAUUGCCUACAGAAAUGACAAGGAGGGCUCCUGCUUUAUCCAGACCCUGGUUGAUGUGUUCACAGAGAGGAGAGGACCCAUCCUGGAGCUUCUGACAGAGGUGACCCGGCGGAUGGCAGAAGCAGAGCUGGUUCAGGAAGGAAAAGCGAGGAAAGUGAACCCCGAAAUCCAAAGCACACUUCGGAAACGGCUUUAUCUACAGAAGUAGAAAGGGCAGGGAGGGGAUUUCUUUCAGGUGCUCUGCCCCACAGAUAUUUAAAGCUCUCCCCACUUUCCCAAAAUCUUCUCUUCCCAAGGCCAAAUGGCACCCAGCCCUUCUUUCCUCACACCCCUCAUGCAGGUCCUCCUUCAAUCCAUUCCUCUCCUUCUUAGAACAAGCCAGCUAAAACUGAGCACAAGGCAUGGCAGUAACAUUAACGUCACCUCCCUCAGGCUGGAAUCUCUACCUCUAUUAAUGCAACCUAAGAGCCCAUUCACUUAUCCUAAUUUCUCCUCCUCUUUUCAGCUGAAACCCUAUUCUUUCUCCCAUGAAUCAUACCUACACAAAUGUAACUGGAAAAGCUCAAGAUUUUCCAUUGAUAAUCCAAUGCCCACUCACCACCUCCCACCCCAAUCAAACCUUCACUGGCUCCUGACUCUCACCUGGAGUUAUAACGUCCUCCUGAGAACCACAUCUAUUCCCCUCUCCCAGAGAUUCCCUUCCAAUCCCUGGAAAUUCGGUAUGACAAGAAUUGUUCCCUCUCUAAGAUGCUUCUUCCUUAGCAAGCUGGCGCCUUGACACCAUUCUCCUUCUAGCUCAUGACUUUCUCUGGCUAAAGGAGCUGCAUCCUCCAUUUCUGGGUCUCUCCCUCCUAACUAAUGCCAUACACACACACACUCUCACGCAGGACCCUGGAUUCUGCCCUCUCUCCAAUAAAAUCCAUCCACUCAUCCAUUCUCAUGGUUUCAACUUUCAACCACUCUGAAUCAGAGCAUGUUGGAGCUAUGGCAAAUCCCCUAGUGUCACCUCUUAUUUUUCAGACAGAGUGAUAGAGGCCCAGAGAGGUUAAAUGCCUUGUCAAAUGCCACACAGUAAGUCAGUGGGAGGGUCCAGGUCUGGCUUCCAGCCCAGCCCCCUUGCCACUGCCUGCUAAGCCUUGACCCAUCAGAAAACUUCUAAUUAGAGAAACUGCCUAAUAAAAGUUCUCCCUACCUUGUAGGUAGGAGGUCCCUGGAAGAAUUCUAAAGAUCCUUGAUAACCAGCAGUCAAGGCUGCCUUCAUGGGAUUUCGGCACUGGGCUGGAAAUUGGAUCACAUGCGCUGCCUUCCAAGUCUAAGAUGCAUGUCUCCCUAUCUCCAGCCCUGACCUUUCCCACUCAAAUAACCUGUGCGUAUAUCUGCCAUCACUGAAAAUUCACAGCCAAAGAUGCGUCCCCUUGCAGCUCCCUCCUCUAAGUGUUCCCUGGCACUCUCAACCUCAGACCCCAGGUUCAGAAUUCUGCAGUUGUCUAUGACUUUCCUCUUCUUGCAUUCUUCAUAUGCCACCAACCACCAUACCCCGCCCAGCCUGACUUUGAAACAGUUCUCAUAUCUAUCUUCUCCUCCCUUCCACGUCACUCUUCAGGCUCAAGUCCCAUACUCUCAUAUCUGCAUCUUUGCACCAGCUUCCUUCCUUGCCUAUCUGCCCCUCUCACCCCUCGUCUGCCCUUCACACCAUCUACAAAUCUUGAUCUUCCUAGAACACUCAAGAUGACACAAUAGCGCCCCAUUAUUUACAAACCAAGAUCAAACUCCACAUCCUGACUUCUCACACUCUUACAAUUCCACCGUCUACCAGCAAUCAGCUAAAAUCAUUUCCCAUCUCCCCCACCAUGAAUUCACUCUUCCAACA